UGGCCUUCGCAAGCUAUGCCCGUGGCGCCAGCUGCCGGCAUGGCCCGCGCAACCUAUGAAACCUAUGGUGCUAUGCCGAGUUUAGCAAGGACGUACAUUUUAGUGAUGGCCAACCCAGCAAGUCCAUCCUUGAAGGAUCUCCCAAAAGUUGCUCCAGACUUUAAAAGUGAACUGGAAGGUUUCAAGCCAGACAAGAUGAAAAAGGCAGAGACUCAUGAAAAAAAUGUUCUGCCUACUGCUGAAGAUGUGAAACAGGAGAAGCAACACUCGGAACUUAUUCAGGGAGUCGAGAACUUUAAACCCGAGAGGUUAAAGAGGACAAAUACUCAGGAAAAAAUAGUCCUUCCUAAUGCUGAAGAUGUGGCCACUGAGAAGACACAGAAGGCUUUGUUGCAGGGUGUUGAAAAAUUUGACACAGGAAAACUAAAACACACAGAAACCCAAGAGAAAAAUCCCCUUCCUGAUAAAGAUGUUGUUAGACAGGAGAAAGUUCACCAGAAUUUACUGGAAGGUGUGGAACAUUUUGACAAAUCUUCGAUGAAACACACACAAACACAAGAAAAGAAUCCUCUGCCAGAUCCAGAAGCAAUCCAACAAGAGAAAGGAAAGCAAAAUCUGAUUGCUGGAAUUGAGAACUUUGAUACAAGCAAACUGAAACAUACAGAAACUCAGGAGAAAAAUCCACUGCCAACAAAAGAAGCUAUUGAUGAAGAAAAGAAGGCAUAAACAUGAAACUGUGUAACAAAGACUGAGCUGUUACAGACUCGGCUCAAUUGGGAUCACAUUUUUAUCGUUUUUUGCUACACUUCACUAUUUAUAGAAUUUUUUUAUUGUCCGGCCAUUAAACAACGAAAAUUUUGUAUUAUGUGCUUCCACUUAAAUUGCUGGUACAAUAGUAAAGGAGACUUCCACUAAGACAUUAAAGAAGUCAUGAGAGCAGUUUGUGAUGUCUUAAUGUAAUGUCCUAAUGCUGAAGCUGGUCAGAACUGUAACGAGAUUGUGAUGUUUAAAAAAAUAGGCCUUUAGUUUGUAAAACUGGGAUGCAGUGGUACUAAUGAUAAUCAGUGAUAUUAUAUAAUGUAUGUCUUAUUUUGUAAACAUACACCUAAGUUUUUUUUAUAAUCAACAGUAAAUGCUUUAUACGACUUUUGGAAUAUAGAACAUUUCAAAUGUAGAAUACUUACUAUUCAUUUGUAUAAAAGCGAUAUCCAGAAGGUUAUGUGCAACACUAUCCCCUGAAACUAAAAUGUAGUGGGAUAGUGAUAAAAUACAGAAUUGCUCAAUUUUGUAAGAAUUUAUUUUGAAAGGAACUAUCUUUGUUAAAUUUUUCCAGUAUUUCUUUAUACAUUCCACCAUUCAUGAUAGCAAACUUCAAAGGUUUUUCCACAGAAUUGUGCAAGACAGAUUUGUUGCUUUAAUCAUGUGCUAACUGUGUGAAUGUGUUGAAAACUUUUGGCUUUUAAUCAUGAAGUCUUUCUUUUUGUGGGAAUGUGGCAGUAUUUAAAUGUGGUGCGAUGCAUACUUUUGCACUUCAUGAGCAGUUAUGUCAGCUGCCAAUAAAUUUUGUGUGAAUAAAAGUUGGAACUUUG